AUGUCUAGCGAACCUCUCCUCUCCCCUUCCUCUCACCGUCACAGCUCCGAUAUGCAAACCAAACUCGAUCAGGACCCAAACCAAGAGCUCGAAUUUAUCGACGGCCGCCACCAUAUCCAUCCUGGAUCCAAGCCUACUCCAGAAGAUGAUCCUUCCGCCCCUUCCCAAUAUGUUGGCUCACGCCGUCAACGCGUCUCGGAUCUCUGGACAAUCCUCUGUUCUGGCUGCGCACUCAUUAGCGAUGGUUACGCCAACAGUCUCAUGACCCUCAUCAACGUCGUUCUGCGUGUCCAAUACCCCCAAGAGUUCACCUCCAAUGUCAGCACACGCGUUUCAAAUGCCCUCCUAAUCGGAGAGAUCUUAGGUCAAAUCACAAUCGGUUUGACCUGUGAUUAUCUGGGUCGCAAGUUCGCCAUCAUUCUGACCUCGAGCAUGAUCAUUCUCGGUCUUGCCAUGUCCGCUGGGGCAAGCGGCACCACUGUUGAAGGCUUGCUAUGGAUGCUAACCGUCGCUCGAGGAGUCACCGGUUACGGCACAGGCGGAGAAUAUCCUGCCUCAGGAAGCUCAGCAUCAGAGGCUGCCAAUGCAUAUACACUUCACCGUCGAGGCACCGUCUUUAUCCUGGUGACAAACCUGCCCUUGACCUUUGGAGUCCCUCUUGCCUCUUCCAUCUUCCUCAUCGUCCUCUUUGCAGCCACCAUGGACCAUCCAUCCACUGUCUGGCGUGUGUGCUUUGGUGUCGGCAUCAUCUUCCCUCUCAGCAUCUUCUACUGGAGGGUCAAGAUGAUCAAUUCUAAGCUGUACCGUCGAGGUGCGAUCAGACGAAAAGUCCCAUAUGGUCUUGUGGUGAGAUGUUAUUGGAAAUCUUUGAUUGGUACCUGUGGCGCCUGGUUUCUCUACGACUUUGUCACCAUCCCCAACGCCGUUUUUAGCGGAGGAAUCAUCUCCGCAAUUGUCCCCGACAAGAGCGUCAAGGCUACUGCAGAAUGGCAGCUGCUGCUCGGAACCAUAGCUUUACCUGGAGUCAUAGUUGGAGCUUUACUGUGCGAUAUCCUUUCUCGGAAACAGCUCAUGAUCAUUGGCUUUGGAGGAUACCUCAUCUUGGGGCUUGUCAUCGGCUGCGCCUACGAGCAAAUUUCGGGAAUCCUACCCCUCUUUGUCGUGCUUUACGGGGUCAUGCUGUCCAUGGGCAAUUUUGGACCUGGAAACAUGGUCGGCCUCGUCAGCAGUGAGAGCUAUGCGACCGCAGUCCGGGGCACUUGCUAUGGCCUGUCUUCCGCGAUGGGUAAAGCUGGAGCAGCUGUCGGUACUCAGGCAUUCCUGCCUAUCGAGAACAACCUCGGUGUACGUUGGACCUUCAUCAUUGCCGCAAUUGUAGGAGUCAUAGGCAUUAUCGUCACUUGGGUCUUUGUUCCUAGCUUGACCGGCGACGACUUGGCCAUUGAAGAUGAACGGUUCAGGUCUUAUCUUGUUAGGCACGGCUGGCAAGGGGUGAUGGGAGAGGAGGAUCUGAAAGACCAGGCAGAUGCUGGUAUUCCGGAAGUUCUGAGAUGA